UCUAUCUUUCCAUUACGGGAUGGCUUCUGAUUACAUUACACCCUGUAUAAGUAUGGACUGCUAGCGUAGAUCUUAGGCUGUCGCCAACAUUGAACAGCGCUAUAAAAUACCAACGGGAAAACGGCGAACUAAACUGCGCUGCCAUGCUCGUGUUGUCUCAAGUUGUCAGUGCUUAGAUUAUUAAAGUAUAAUUCUGUGAUAAAAAAUGGUUGUAUAUUGCUUUGUUAAGGGAUGCACAUCUUCUAAAUACAAAAAGCAAGAAAAUCAAGAACCUGUGUCAUUUUAUGGUGUUGUAUUUGUUUUAUUAUCCAGAUUUCCAAGUGAUCCAAAUCUGCGUGCUCAAUGGGUUAAGGCCUUGGCAGAAAUUAAUCAGCAACUGAAUGUCGAUGCCUUACCAAAAUAUGCCAAAAUCUGUAAUCUGCAUUUUAGAGCAGAAGAAAUAGAAAAACAUGGUUUCAGGCAUUUUCGUUUGAAACCAAACUCGUGAGGCAUACAUUAACAAAAACAGUUAUU